AUGCCAAUCAGAUACGUGGCCAAACGGCCGAAAAACGUUCAAAUUUUGAGCGAAAAACUGUAUGCUGGCAGCACUAAAAAGACCAUUGGUAACCGGUUAUUAAAAGUGAGUUUUAAACUUUUUUACUAGCUAAACUGUAUUUUUUUAUCUUUCUCUUGCUAGCAUGUUUUAAAAGUAGCAUUUUAAAAUUUUUCGAAUUGCAAAAAAAAAAAUUUUUUUUCGAAAUUUUUUUGGCUAAAAUUUGCUAUAAAAACAAGACAAAAUUUUUUCAAAAACAAAUGAAUAAAAAUUUAAAAAUCUUUAAAAAUUUUAAAAUUUCAGGCAGCUUUGACUGAAAGAACAGCUACAUUCGACCCGAAGAACCUGGAAUACUCUGGAUUACCAACUCAAAAAAUAUUGAAUUUAUAUGAAAAAUGGUCGAAAGGAGGGUUUGGGGUUAUUGCUACUGGUAAUAUACCAGUCGAUCAUGUAAGCUGUAGUCGAAAAAAGUGGAAAAAACAUCCAAAAAACAUAUUUUAAGAUUUUUUGGUCGAAUGUUGAAUAAAAAAUUGGAUUUUUUUUGAUUUUCUACAAACUUUUUGACCUCUAUUUAAAUUUAAUUUUAUUUUCAUUCCUUUUUCAGAAACAUCUGGAAUGUGGAGGUAAUAUGUGGUUGGAAGAUGGCUACAUAACUGAAGAAAGGACUAGAAAAUUCAAAAUGUUGGCUAGCGCCUGCAAAGCCAAUGGGGACACUGUAGCUUUCGCUCAGUUGAGUCAUGUAAGUUGGAAUGACAAUAAGUUUGUUUAGGAAACAGCAAAUGGAAAUAACUCUCUUUCCGAAAACAAAAAAUGGCAAGAACUUUCUUUACAACACAUAAAACGUCAAUAACUUUGUUUACAAAAGACAAAAUGGCAGAAACUUUCUUUGCAAACCACAAAAUGGCAAGAACUUUCUUUACAAAACAACAAAUGGCAAGAACUUUCUUUCCAGGCAGGCCACAAGACCCCAGCUGCGCUAAACCCUGCUCCGUUUGGAGCUUCAAACGUUGGAAUUAAACAAGCCUUCCACGGUGUACGAUUUGGUACUCCUGUAGCACUAACCGAAGAACAGGUCAAAACUGAAAUUGUGGACAAAUUCGCAUUCGCUGCUACAGUAUGCAGGAACAGUGGGUUUGAUGGGGUUCAACUGAAUUCUAGUCAUGGUGACAUUUUCGCUCAAUUCUUUUCGCCACUAUUUAAUAAUCGAAAGGAUAAGUAUGGCUAUGUGGAUGGGGAUCGAUUGAACAUCCUGAGGGAGGUUAUUGAGGGUAUACGGUAAGUUUUCAAAACCUUACGUAUAACAGAUAAACUUGUGUGUUUAGUACAGUGCAGGGUACUUUGAGGAAAAAAGAGGGGAGAGUUGGGUCUGGAAGGCAAGUUGCGGGCAGGGUAAGGUGUGGAAGGGCAAGACGGGACAGGGCAAAGUAUGGAAGGGCAAGAUGGGGCAGGGUAAAAUUAAAGUUUGGAGAGGGGAUAUAGGUAGGGUAUAGGGUAAGGUAGCAUAGGUGUAGGGAUAGGGUAGGGCAGGGCAGGGCAAAGUAAGGCAAGGCAGGGUAGGGGAUACUAAGCUCAAUUAUGACACUGUAGACUAGCCUAUCACCUAAUUUUCUCACUUUUUCUAAAUUUCAAACUCAAAAAUCCAUUUUUUUUUUCAGAAACUCAAACCCAGAAACAAGUGGAUUCCUGGUUGGAAUCAAGGUGAAUCUAAUGGAAUUCAUUCAAGAUGGUCUUUCAGUAGACCAAGCAAUUGAAAAAGUUCAAAAAAUUGGAAAAAUUGGAGUGGAUUUAAUCGAAAUCACUGGUGCUUACAUUGAAAUGCCUCCGGGAAUCGAGAGAAAUAUUGCUGGAAAACAACAGUUUGACUACACUAUUAAUGUGGCUAAGCAGGUAAGUGGAUAAGGAUAAAAGAGGCAGUGGUUCUUUGUUUUGUAAAGGAAGUUCUUGCCAUUUUUAAAUUGUUAAAGAAAGUUAUUGCCGUUUUUAGUUUGUAAAGAAAGUUCUUACUCUUUUUUAUUAAACAAUUCCAAAAAUGGCAUUUUCAGGUAAAAUCAGCAAUCCCAAAAUCCUUGGUCUACCUGACCGGAGGCUUCAGAACUGCCGAAACUAUGAUUAAAGCUAUCGAAGAGAAAUGGACUGACGGAAUUGGCCUUGGCCGUCCAGCCUGUGCUGAACCUGGUAAGUUUCUGGAAUUUUUUGCUUUGUAAAGAAAGUUCUUGCCAUUUGUUGUUUUGUAAAGAAAGUUCUUGCCAUUUUUUGUUUUGUAAAGAAAGUUCUUGCCAUUUUUUGUUUUGUAAAGAAAGUUCUUGCCAUUUUUUGUUUUGUAAAGAAAGUUCUUGCUAUUUUUUGAUUUGUAAGGACAGUUAUUGUCGUUUUUUAGCUUGUAAACAAAGUUCUUGCCAUUUUCUGUUUUGUAAAGAAAGUUUUUGCUAUUUUUUUAAUUCGAAAAAGUUAAUUAAAAAAUUUUCAGACUUUGCCAACAAGAUCCUAUCAGGCCAAGAAUCGGCCGCCUUGGCCAAUUCCUUUGAAUUUGACUUUGAUUUGGCCCAACUUGCGGCCAAUUCGCAAAUGGAACAAGCCGGCCGACAGUCGCUGGAAAAGAGCGGAUUCUGCGAUGGAAUCACCAACUUGAGUACGAUUCAAGGAUCGAAAAAGUUCAAACAAGAACUGGAAAAGUAUUAUGUUGAGAUGACACAGCGUGCCGAACGGGGCGAGGUUUUGUCCGGAGUUUUUGAGUUUUACGAGUAG